AACUCCUCUGUUAUCCUUCUGGUAUAUUGUAUCUGUGCCUGUGCAGGGCCACUCCGUACAUGCAUCCAUUUGGAGGAUAGCUCUACGCCACUCGAUAUCUCCCCCCGCGUUGCCUGCGCAGGUCGUCAAAGUGGGAAUGACGACGCCCAUUCAGCUCUUGUUGAUAUUGUAAUCUGAAGGAACUAUGAUUGCUGGGAUAACGAGGCGCUACAAACCCAUGACCCCGGAUAUGCUCCGACCAAAACCUGGGGUCCCCGCACUCCAUUCCUCAACCCCGCAGGCGACGACAGUCGUACCGGAUUUGAAGGGAGGGUAACUGUAUUCGGAAUGAUUAUAACCAGCUUAUCAAGUCCCCGCAGAGAAGUAUAAAGAUGGCCCGGUAUUGGCCACAGGAUCAUCAAUUUCGAGCGUGAUAGCAACAUCCAUUCAAAUUCUGGCCCACCAUGUCAAAUUCUCCAACACCAUCGCUUGUCAAGAAUGGCAAGGAAGACUUUCAUCAUGUCGAAGGGCUCACUUCACCUAACAGCCAUAUCAAUGUGGGAGAUGACUACGCUAACAAUGUGAACGCGAAGAUUCGAAACCCCUUAUUAGGAAUAUCAAAGCCAGAUUUGUUGGCACAGGUCACGGCAUUCUGCAAGGAACAUGAUCUGGAGGAUAAAACGUCUGUCUUCCGAAAGGGAUCUCUUCUGGCGCAACAUCCAGAGAGCUUUGAAGACAUCGAAGAGCUCGAUGAAGAGGACAAAAUCACGAUUCGUGAAGAGAAGACUCACAAAUGGCGUUUGCCUUGGGCGCUGUACUAUACCGUCGCUAUCUGCUCACUUGGCUCGGCUAUCCAGGGCUGGGACAACACCGGCGCAAAUGGAGCGAAUCUAUCGUUUCCAAAAGAAUUUGGCAUUGAGAAUAACACUUGGCUUGUCGGCUUCGUCAACGCUGCGCCAGGGAUCUCAGGUCUUAUGAGUACCUGGGUAGCCGAUCCAAUGAACAAUUGGGUAGGUCGUCGAGGAGUGAUAUUCAUUACUGGCCUCUUCGUUAUAUUUCCAGUGCUCGGACAAGCCUUUACACAUAACUGGUGGAGUUUACUGAUUUGCCGGCUGCUUAUGGGAUUUGGUAUGGGGAUCAAGACGACAACCAUCCCAAUCAUGACAUCUGAGAUUGUCCCUGCUGCCAUUCGCGGAGGACUUGUCAUGAGCUUCCAGCUUUUUGUUGCGUUUGGUAUUCUGGUCGGUUUCUGCUCAAAUCUCGUGUUCUAUCGUAUAGGCCCGCUUGCCUGGCGGUUCCAACUCGCAGCUGCCUUCGCUCCAGCGGUACCAAUUGUAAUCUUGAUAUGGUUUUGCCCUGAAUCUCCACGUUGGCUCCUCAAGAAGCAUCGCUACAAGGAUUCCUUCCGAUCGUUUUGCCGUCUACGCAAUUCUGAGGUUAUCGCGGCCCGAGAUCUCUACUACGCACAUUGCCAAUUCGUCGAGGAAGAAGAGGCAUUCAAAGGCACAACGCUGGCCCAACGCGCUAAAGAGAUAUUCACAAUACCUAGAAUCCGCCGAGCAAACCUUGGUGGUGCGAUCGUUAUGGUGGCCCAACAAUUCUCAGGAAUUAACAUCAUGUCAUUCUACUCGUCCACGAUAUUCAAAGAAGCUGGAUCCAAUACGCUAGAAACCCUCCUUGCUUCCUUUGGGUUUGGCCUUGUCAACUUCAUCUUCGCCUUUCCUGCUAUCUGGACAAUCGAUACGUUUGGCCGCCGGAAUCUGCUACUGUUUACUUUCCCAAAUAUGGCAUGGUGCUUGGUUGCCGCAGGGUGCUGCUUUCUUAUCCCUGCAGAGAACAGCGCACGCCUUCCACUUAUCGCUUUUUUCGUUUACUUAUUUACAGCGCUAUAUUCACCUGGAAUUGGGCCUGUUCCAAACGUUUACGCUUCGGAGUGUUUCCCAUUGUCCCAUCGGGAGAUUGGAGUCGCCUUCUCGAUAUUUAUCAACAAUACACUUUCUAGUAUCCUUGGCUUGACGUUCCCCUCAAUUUUAAGUGGCAUGGGCCCUACUGGAGCGUUUGGCUUCUAUGCUGGUCUGAACAUGGUAGCCUUUGUUAUCAUUUUCUUCUUCCUGCCUGAAACCAAGCAACGUACACUUGAAGAGUUGGAUUAUAUCUUCGGGGUCCCUACGAGACGCCACGCCGCAUAUCAGACUCGAACCUGGCUACCAUGGUUUAUUAAGCGUUACAUAUUAUUCCAGAGUAAUGCCCGCCUAGAGCCUCUCUAUCAUCUAGAAGGACUUUCAGGGGGGACCACUGUGGAAGUUAUGGCCAUCCAUUAAGUGUCGCGUCUAAGUUGUCGUCUAGUGAGAAUUUUUGGAUGUAGAACUAAAAUCGCAAACUGUAAGAGAUAGUUCCCGGUAAUUAGCUCAUAAUGAAAU